AUAGGGUUUAAGCUAUAGCCAACAAUGGAGUUUUUCUUCGCCCUGGUUCACAGGAAAAAGAAUGAUCCUAGGUAGCUUUUGCUACUCCAUCAUUUACUAAAAGCUGAAAACCCCAAUAUCUAUAAACCUCAAAAACAUGCAUUCCUUUAAUCGCAUAGCCAAAUUCCUCACAAAGCCAACGAUCGAUUCAAUUCACUCAAAAUUGGCUAAACCCCAGUUUAAUCCAACUACCCUUCUCAAGACCUUCUCCACUAAACCCCCUCAAAACGACAAAGACGACUCUUGGAACGACGCCUGGGAAACAGCUUGGCUCCCUGAUGACAUUUCACCCAAGAACAAGGCUCCUUGGGAAGCCGACGUCAACUUCCCGUCUAAUGAUGAAGAGUCAGCAACAAAGAUGGUGCUUUCGUCGGACGUUGAUGUAGAGACCAAAGCGUUUGUGGAGGACAUGAAUGAGAAUUGGAAUGAGAGACGGAAGUCGCCUAAACAGAAGCAGAAAGAGGAAGCAGAAAAGGAAAGGAAAGGAGAGGGUGGUGGAUUGUAUAGUUUGGAGAAUAUGAAGAAAGAUUAUAGGUUGAAGAAACAGAGGAUCCAUGCUGGGUUGUGGAUGAAGGAGAUUGAUAAGUUGGAGGAAGCUAAGUUGGGGGAUUCAGCUGAUGACAUUGAUAAAUUGCUUGAUAGCUGCUCUGAGAUUUUUGACUCUGCCAAUGCUGACUUGGAGAAUUCGAAAAUUCAAAGCUCUUCUGAGUUCAAAAAUAAGCCUGACGGUUGGGAAACAACAUCAAAAGCACCUGAUGGAAAUGUGUGGGAGAUGUCACAGAGGGAAGAAGAUAUUCUCCUCCAAGAGUUUGAUCGCCGAAUUGCUUACUGUAAAUUCCAGAUAGCUAGUUUUAUAAAGACUCACAUAUUUAGCCGGAGGAGACCUAUUGAUGGGUGGAGAUACAUGAUAGAGGAGAUAGGCCCUAACGCUAGGAAAGGCAAGGGCAGCGUUUCAAGGCUGCCAAGUUUGUCAGAUGCAUCAACACAACCAUUUAAGGAGGAUAAGAUACAAAUUGGAAGCAGUCUGACACCCUGGAAGGGGAGGUAGUUUGGUUCCUGCCUAACUCCAAACAUUCUCCUUUGUAUUCAAAGAUCAUAACAUCUUCUUCGCCGCUGGUUGCAACAGAUUGUUGCAUCGAGCAUUCUCAAUACAAAAUCACAUUCUUGUGUAACAUGAGAUUUUGUAACUGAGCUCCAAAAGGCAAGAUGGGGUAUGUGUGAACUCUCUUGCAAGCACAAAGUUCUGAAUGUAACUUGUGACAUGAGAUUUUGUAGCUGAGCUCCUACAAUAUACUUUUGAUUCAAU